CAACAGAAUCCUCAGUGAAGAGCAUAUCAGAAACGCUUCACAAAGAACUAAUAGCCACUUCCGACUUAGCUGUUCUGGAUCAGAACCCUCAAGCAUUAGACCACCCAAUAUGGCUUAAUACCAAACAU